UGCCUGCAGCAGGAGACCACCUGUCCCGUGUGCCUGCAGUACUUCGCCGAGCCCAUGAUGCUCGACUGCGGCCACAACAUCUGUUGCGCGUGCCUCGCCCGCUGCUGGGGCACGGCGGAGACCAACGUGUCGUGCCCGCAGUGCCGGGAGACCUUCCCGCAGCGGCACAUGCGGCCCAACCGCCACCUGGCCAACGUGACCCAGCUGGUGAAGCAGCUGCGCACCGAGCGGCCGUCGGGGCCCGGCGGCGAGAUGGGCGUGUGCGAGAAGCACCGCGAGCCCCUGAAGCUGUACUGCGAGGAGGACCAGAUGCCCAUCUGCGUGGUGUGCGACCGCUCCCGCGAGCACCGCGGCCACAGCGUGCUGCCCCUCGAGGAGGCGGUGGAGGGCUUCAAGGAGCAAAUCCAGAACCAGCUGGACCAUCUAAAAAGAGUGAAGGACUUAAAGAAGAGACGGCGGGCCCAGGGGGAGCAGGCCCGAGCAGAACUUUUGAGCCUGACUCAGAUGGAGAGGGAGAAGAUCGUGUGGGAGUUCGAGCAGCUGUAUCACUCGCUGAAGGAGCACGAGUAUCGCCUCCUGGCCCGCCUGGAGGAGCUGGACCUGGCCAUCUACAACAGCAUCAAUGGUGCCAUCACCCAGUUCUCCUGCAACAUCUCCCACCUCAGUGGUCUGAUUGCCCAGCUGGAAGAGAAGCAGCAGCAGCCCACCAGGGAGCUCCUGCAGGACAUCGGGGACACACUGAGCAGGGCUGAGAGGAUCAGGAUUCCCGAGCCCUGGAUCACACCUCCAGAUCUUCAAGAGAAAAUCCACAUUUUUGCCCAGAAAUGUCUGUUCUUGACUGAGAGUCUGAAGCAAUUCACAGAAAAAAUGCAGUCGGAUAUGGAGAAGAUCCAAGAAUUGAGAGAAGCCCAGUUAUACUCAGUGGAUGUGACUCUGGACCCAGACACGGCCUACCCCAGCCUGAUCCUCUCCGAUAAUCUGCGGCAAGUGCGCUACAGUUACCUGCAGCAGGACCUCCCUGACAAUCCCGAGCGAUUCAAUCUCUUCCCCUGUGUCUUGGGCUCUCCGUGUUUCAUCGCUGGGAGACAUUAUUGGGAGGUAGAGGUGGGAGAUAAGGCCAAGUGGACCAUCGGUGUCUGUGAAGACUCCGUGUGCAGAAAAGGUGGAGUCACCUCAGCCCCCCAGAAUGGAUUCUGGGCUGUGUCGUUGUGGUAUGGGAAGGAAUACUGGGCUCUCACCUCCCCGAUGACUGCCCUCCCCCUACGGACCCCUCUCCAGCGGGUGGGGAUUUUUUUGGACUACGAUGCUGGUGAGGUCUCCUUCUACAACGUGACUGAGAGGUGUCACACUUUUACUUUCUCUCAUGCUACCUUCUGCGGGCCCGUCCGGCCCUACUUCAGUCUGAGCUACUCGGGAGGGAAGAGCGCGGCCCCACUGACCAUCUGCCCCAUGAGUGGGAUUGAUGGGUUUUCUGGCCACGUUGGAAACCCCAGUCAUUCCAUGGAGACCUCCCCUUGAAAGGAGAUGAACUUGGGCCCGAAUGACCCACGGCCAAACUCCAGCCCAGGCACAUGGCACCUCAUUGUCUUGCCAUUCUCUGUCCGGCACAGCUGGACAGCCUGACCACUUUCCGGCCCUCGCGGUGGAAGACGGGCUGUCCGUGUGCUCCACUGCCCUUUCCCACUCCAGGCAAAUUGUAAUGAGAAGUUUCAAGGUUGCCCAGAAAUAAAAACCAGACGUCCACCUCCAGUGUUUCACCCUUUUUGGUCUUGCACAGUGCUGGAGGGGGCUUAAGGAAACCAAACUCACUGCCGUCAAGCCCCCCCUAUGAUAUGGCAGGGGAGAAAUGGCUCCUUGGGUUUCCAAGACUCACACCUGCCGGGAGUGGACGGCCUCGGAGCUGGAGGAACAUACCUGUCCCUUCUCGGCCCAGCCUAGCCUCCUUUGGUUCUGCCCCAAAGUCGCAGAACAGCUGUCAUGGGCACUUAUGACAUUCUGGGAACCCAUGCCCCUUUCCAAGAGCCUAGUGUGGAACUGUGAGGCUGUUGGCAUGAUGUCUUAUAUCCCAGUUUCUCCUUCUGGGAAUAGUACUUCUCUCCCCUGAUUCCCCAUGUGCCCGUUUUAUUCACUCCAUCAGAGAGGUGUACGUGUGUCCUGGUUAGCUACAGCCCCUGCAGUCAUGUUGGGGAAAGGCACCCAGUCUGCAAUAGAGAGAAUCUGAUGAACAUGCCCAUGUGUCUUUCCCGAGAGCUAAGCCUGCUCUCUUGGUUCUAGUGAAAAUACGUUUUAGUACGGAGGGUCUUAUCACCCAGGGUAAUUAUCUGCCCAAUACCAUCCACUGUCCCCAGAUCGUCCCCAGGUCACUUGUGUGGAGAGGUGGCCAGACCUGCACUCUCCCUGGAAGGGUUUUGGGCAAAUAUCCCAGGUAUUCACCGACUCCCUGUCUCCUUGAGGAGAUAGGGCUGUGUGGUCUUUCUACGUGUGUACCAUCAAAGGGCACUUCCAUCAAGGGCUUCACUACUUGAUCGCAUCGUUUCCUGGGAUCAGAAAGCUGAGGCUGAUUCCUUUGAGCAAGCCCCCAUGAUGUGUCUCAGUUCUGCUCUUUGGGUACAUGACCCGCUGCCUGACAAUAAAGUGAGUGUGGGUGUUGUUUA